AUGGCGAUCAAGGCCGUUGCCGUGGACAUGGAGAUGAGCUUGGCGUUUAUGGACUUCAUGGCAAGCAUGAAUCCGACGUCGGAGGGAUUGCACGUGCUCUUUCCUCGUCUCCGCCUCGCUGAAAUCGAAGACCAAUCCUGGCUCAUCAUGGCUUCGAGGACACACGCACAGAGAUUUGGCGCGAAUGUGGGCACGCAACUCAGAGACGCAACCGGAUUAAGCCGCGUACCCAAGCGUGCCACAGAUCAAUAA